AUGACCUCAAGGCAGUGGAUGCUGGCUGUCUGCUUUUCACUGGUUUCAGUUUUAGGGACCUGUGGAUCAGUGACAACAAGAGAAACUCAGAAAUUUACUUGCAGGACAUUUGGUAGCGGCGUUGUCCAGCCUUUCAGCGGCUUGGGUUUCCAUGUGUGGUCCAAUUGCCAGUUCACCCUCACUCGCUUCACUCACAAUCGUGUGGAAUAUGACAUCACCAUACGGCGAGGAGAAAACGGGUUGCUGUCUCAAGUGGAGAUCACAAUGAACAAAGUCAGGACUGUUCUGCAGAAUGGAAGCAUCCUGGUGGAGUGGGAAAGCGUCUCCCUCCCGUACGACCACACCUAUCAGCACAUUUUUCAGUACGGCAUCUACACCAAACUGAGGAGCUCCCUGCUUCCACUUUCUGUCACUUGGCACAGUGUACCUGGAGGAAUAGACACUCUGUGGGUGGAGCUGCAGCAGGAGCUGAGCACUGACAUGAUUGGACUGUGUGGAAAACACAACAUACAAGGCAACAAGCAGCAGCUGAUAAAAGAAAGUGUGCUUACUGAGGAAACGUGUCAAACCCGAGAUCCCAUCUUAGUCAGCAAUCUAGUAUGCAAAGAGUUCUUUUCCUACGCCUUUGAGUGUCUGCGAGAUAAAACACAACAUUAUACCCAGCUCUGUGAAGAGAAUAUUUACAGCUAUGAAAGAAUCAAAUACAUCGGCUGUGCUUUCUUCAAAGAGAUAGCCCUGCACUGUAGAAACAACAGCUAUGUCUGGCAGAAAUGGAGAUCUGUGACCAAAUGUGCUGAGCCGGCUUGUCCCGGGGACCUGAUUUAUAAAGAAGAGGGUACUGCAUUUGUUCCCAGCUGCUCCAAACCAAACCCCAGCUUUUCCAAACAGGAUAUCACCAGCACCUGUAUCUGUCCAACAGGUAAGGUGCUUAAUGAUCAUGCAGAGGGCUUCCACUGUUUGAGUGUGUCCAGCUGCCCCUGUGUCUUCUCUGGUAGGACCUACUUAAAUGGAGAUAUACGUAACACCAAGUGUCAGUCAUGUAAAUGUGAUGGUGGAAAGUGGCUCUGCUCUGAAAACCUCUGCCCUGCCAGAUGUCUGAUUGAAGGACAGUUUGUAACAACAUUUGAUGGCAAACAGUAUGUUGUUCCUGGUAAAUGUACAUACAUGGCCUCACAGGGCUUCAACUGGACAGUAAAACUUGAGUUUUCUGAGAAACAUGCAUCACUAAAAAGGGUUAUUCUUCAGAUUUUCCAGGAAACAUUUACAUUCACACACAACAUGGUUAAAUAUGAAGACCAAGAGAUUGCUGAACUUCAUCAGUCUGCUCAUGCCCUGGUUUUCUGGCAGUCCUCUAUGCAUGUUGAAGUUAAUACAUCCUUUGGUAUGAAGAUCCAAGUCCAGGUGUCUCCUGAAAUCCAACUUUACAUUACACCACCCAAAAACCACAUCGGCAUGAUUUCAGGUCUUUGUGGUAACAACAACAAUGACACCACAGACGACUUCAUGAGCAGCAGUGGGAUCAUCGAGAACUCACCUGAACCUUUUGCUCUGUCCUGGAGUGUGGGCCCCUGUAUAGUGAACCUACCCCCUACCUGCAUCAGUACCGACAAUGAAAUAUUUGCUGAUGGAAAAUGUUCCGUCUUGAACAACCCAGCUGGGAUAUUUGCUAAGUGCCAUGAUUACAUCCCAACUGAUCAAUACCAUUCAGCUUGCAUCCUAAGAACUUGUAACUGUGGCAGCAAUUUGGUGCAGUGCUUGUGCGUUUCUCUGGGCAGCUAUGCCAAAGCAUGUGCCAGUCUUGGAGUUGAACUUGGUGACUGGAGGAAGGCCACCAACUGCUCAAUAACAUGUGAGAAGAACCAAGAGUUCUCCUAUAAUGUGCGAGCUUGCAACCAUACAUGCCGCUCCCUGUCUGGCCCCGAUCCUCGCUGUGGGCUGGAAGAUGCUCGUGUGGAGGGCUGUGGCUGCCCAGAAGGAACCCACCUGAACGAAGGGCAAGUCUGUACUUCAAAGGCAGAGUGUGUAUGUCAUCAUCAUGGUGGUAUAGCGCCACCAGGGCCUGUUGUUUUUGAUGGCCGACAGUGCAACUGUAAGAAUGGAGAGCUGCAGUGCUCCAAAGACUGCGGCUGCAGACGUGGGAAGGUGUGUGUGCGCUGCUCAGAGUACCCAGUUAAUACGGCUCAGAAAACUUGUGACAGUCUCAGCAAACCAUUGGUUGCCACUAUGACCUGUGAGAGUGGCUGUUACUGCCCACAUGAUCAAUAUGAAGAUCACAAUGGAAACUGUGUAUCAAAGGACAACUGCACCUGUGUGUACAGUGGCAAGGUUUUCAGGGCAGGACAGCAUGUCCAAACCAACUGUAAAAAAUGUGUUUGUGGUCAGGGCCAGUGGCACUGCAAGGAUGAGCCGUGUCCCGGCACAUGUCAGGUUUAUGGAAAUGGACAUUACCAGACCUUUGACUCUAAAUGGUAUCGCUUUGGUGGACACUGUCAGUAUACACUUGUAGAGGAUUACUGUGGAAGUGGAAAUGGCACCUUUUCUGUCAGAGUGGAGAGUGUGCCCUGCUGUGAUGAGGCCCUCACCUGUUCACGUUCCAUCAUGCUGGACCUGCAGGGUAAAGUGACCCUUAUUCUGAAUGACAUGAGAGUGACCAAGCAAAUCCAAAAAGGCUGGACUCUGCAGCAAAAUCCACUUUACACAAUACACACAGUUGGCCUCUAUAUCAUGAUCUUAGUGCCAAGCAAAGGCAUAACUCUAAUAUGGGACAAACACACCCGGAUUACAGUAGAACUGCAUCCAAACUGGAGGAACAAAGUGUGCGGCCUCUGUGGGAAUUUUGACUCCAGUGAAAUGAAUGACUUGCAGAUAAGUGGUUCGGCAGUGGUUGCCAGUCCGAUGGCCUUUGGCAACAGCUGGAAGGCGGCCACUCCUCCCUGUUCUGAUGUGACCACUGAGAUAUUUCCAUGCGAACGCAACUCGUACUGCUCAGCCUGGGCCCAGCGACGCUGUAUGAUCCUUAAAGGAGGCACCUUCAAAGACUGUCACUUAAAAGUGGAUCCAGAGCCCUACUACCAUGCCUGUGUGCAGGAGUCCUGCUCCUGUGAGUUUGAAGGGAAGUUCCUUGGUUUCUGCACGUCUGUGGCAGCUUACGCAGAGGCCUGCAGUGACCAGGACAUCUGCAUAGACUGGAGGACACCUGAUCUGUGCCCCGUCUACUGUGACUACUACAAUGAGAAGGGCCAGUGUAGCUGGCAUUAUGAACCCUGUGGUAGGAUUCUGACCUGUGGCAAAGAGUUCACUCACAAGCUGGAAGGCUGCUACCCCAGAUGUCCAAAGGAGAAGCCAUACUAUGAUGAAAAUACUGGUGAAUGCACCACACUGAGGAACUGCUCUUGUUAUUUCAAUGACACAGCUGUACAACCUGGAGAACUGGUGAAAAUAAACUCUUUUGAUUGCACUUAUCAUCAACUCUACUUCAACAGCCCUUCCAUCCACAACUACCACCACACCAGCAACAACUCCUCUCCAAACAUCUGCUACUAUUACUACACCAUAGCAAAUACCACAACAGCACCAUGUGAAUGCGUAGAUUUGAAGAAUAAAAAACACUGGGUUUGCGGUGAGACAUGGACAGAGGACUGCUUCUAUAAGCACUGUGUGGAUGGAAAAACAGAGCUAACACCAGUGGUUUGUCCAGAGCCUACAGAACUGCUCUGUCCCAGAGAUCGGGCCACAAAGGUCUCGGACGGAUGCUGUGAAACGUGGAAGUGUGACUGUCAGUGUGAGCUUUUUGGGGAUCCCCACUAUGUUUCUUUCCAAGGAGUGAGCUUUGAUUUCCUGGAUCAAUGCAGCUACAUCUUGGUGGAGGAGCAGUCACCACGUCAUAACCUGACCAUUGCUGUGGACAACUUCUUCUGUGUGCCGGGCCCCAGUGGCUCCUGUGUUAAAGGCAUAAUCCUGAAAUAUCAAAACAAUGUAGCUACACUUAGCAUCAUCCCAGAAGCUUUUGUAGUAAAGGCCACACUGAACAAUGUGACAAUACAACCACCGUAUGAAGAGAGCGAUUUUAGGUUUGAGACCACGGGGUACAUGGUGUCAGUUCAUCUCCCAAAGAUCCGUUCUUAUGUCUCCCUCACUCCAUAUUAUACCCUGGUGGUCAAUCUGGCCACGGAGCACUUCCUCAACAACACCCAGGGGCAAUGUGGUGUGUGUGGUGGAGCAUCAUGUAUUCGUAAAGGUGGACAGACUGAGGAUGACAGUUGCUGUGAUAAGACAGCCUAUGACUGGGUGUAUCCAGAUCCUCUGAAGCCAGCCUCCCAUUAUGUGAACUUCUACACCACCCGUAAGCGCCACACAGUAACCUACCCUCCUGAUCAGGGAGUCUUUGAAAAUUGCAGCAAGCAUGUGGAUCUAAACCUUAAAAAGAAGGCCUGUGAGUUCGAUUCAUGCAGGAUUGCAAAUGGUUCUUGCCCUUCUCUUGAGCAAGCUGCUGAAGACUGUAAAAGCAUUGGUUUCUGUAUUGACUGGCGAACUCUGACAAAUGGAACAUGUGACGUGCCAUGUCCACAGGGAUUGGUUUACAGGGAAUGUAGCACAAAGCUGGAUGACUUCUGCUAUGGAGGAGGACCAAGUGGAGAACCGAAACUUCCUGGUGAAGUGUGGCAGUCCAAUUGCAAUGUGUGUAGGUGUAACAACCAGACUAUGACUGAGGAGUGUUUUCAAAAGCCUGCUGAGCCGGCUCCUCUCUGCGGCCCCAAUGAGGUUUUGGUAAACAGCUCCUGCUGUGGUGAUCUGAUUUGUGUUGCCAAGACCUGCAGUUACAAUGAAAAGACAUACAAGGUGGGAGACCAAUGGACAGAUCCUACUCGCCCCUGCGUGUCAUUCAGCUGCAGCAAAGAGGGCAUUCAGAUUGAGACUAAAGUCUGUUCCAAUGAAAGCUGCCCUGAGGAGGACCGAAUCUGGGACGACCAACACUGUUGCUAUACAUGUAAUCAGAGCUGUGCUGCCCGAAUGUCCAGUCUCAACAUCACCAUGGAAAACUGCACCGCUGUCAUACAGAUGCCUGUGUGUCAGGGCAAGUGUGACUCCCAGCCAAGCAGGGUGGAGUUACACGGUGACCUGCUGGAGCAGUACUAUACAUGCUGUCUGGACUGGAGCUCAGAGAGGAGACCGGUGACCCUGCACUGCUCUGAUCUCAGUACAAGGCAAUACUACUACAAACAUGUCACCAGCUGUGCUUGUAGAUCUUGUGGCUCAAGCUGA